AUGGCUCCUGCUGCUCUUUCCUCUCACCUACCCACUAGCGCGCUUUCUGGCCCAACAUUCGCUCACCUCAUCUAUUGCGCGACACGUCCAGCUUCCAUGCAACAUUGCGCUCCUCUGCGUUUCACUAACUUUGCGAGUAAGGCCUCCGGUAAGCUCACCGAAGCACAAGUCAUGGCGGCGUCACUGCCUAGCUUGCCUGCCGAACUACUCCUCUACAUAAUCGAAUGCGGUCCGGAUCCAAGACUUCUGAAGGGCGGGUAUAGAGGAUUGCCCUUCCACAUCUCCGGGAUCAUGCCAGAUAAUCAGAGGUCCAUGCUCAUCGCACUCCGGACUACAUGCGUCGAGCUCAAUGCGAAACUUGCGUACUUCUUCGGUUCCAAAUACCUCAAGGAUAUUAUUGGAAGCCUCUGA